AUUAAAAAAAAGUCUCAUGGGAAAUCUUUCAUUAUUUGCCAAAUAUCAGUGCAAAAACAUCUAUUUAUAUGAUCUCAAAGGAUUGUGUAUAAUAAAGUAGAACUUUUCUCAAGUUUUCUUGACAGUCUCACAUAAAAACUGUUUAAUAAAUUUAAACAGUUUCAAUCUCCUUGUAAAUUUUAGAAAUCGUUAGGCAUUCUACACUGUUUCUAGUUAAUAAUUCCACAUACUAAAACUACUGGGGUAUUUCCUAUAAAGCUACGCAGAAAGGGCAGGUCUUGGAACUGAGACCCUGUUUCCUGCAUGGGAAGAAAGGAGAAUUGAGGUCCCCAUAGAUGACAGCUCGUCACGUGCAUGAACCCCAUACACACAGCACUGCUGCUGCCUAGUGACCACUCUGUCCACACUGCACAAUCGGGGAGAUGCGGGGCUGCUGCCACUCAGCUCUCCACAGAUGGCUCUGGGGCUGAGACUUCUCUGCUAACAGGGAAGGGGCAGGGUGCCUGGGUCCAGGGUGCCAGUCCAGGCCCCACCCACUAGACCACAAGGAACCCAGGGAAGUGCUGUGCUGACAGCAAGAUGGGGCCCAAGGUUCCAGAGACGCCCUCUGGGAGCCAGCGUCCUGCCAGCAGGUACCACCAGCUUCCCCUUCCCCGACUCUGGACACCUGGCCACACACACUCACCAUUCCCAGGUAUCCAAGAUGGGCUGUGUUGUGGUGGAAAAGGUCAGAGAACAGCGGAUGCUGCACUACCUCCACCCAGCAGCAGAGACCCCUCCUUGGACCUCUCUCCUCCAGGAAUUUGGAACUCUGUGGUGUCACAAUCCAGUGUGAUUAUGUGGCAGUGAUGUCACCGCGCCUGAUUGGACAGCUCGCAUAGCCAUCAGCAUGGACGACACAGAAGUCACAACAAAUCAGCAUCUUUACAGCAGGGACGGGAACUCCAGGCUGCUCCAGAUGGUAGAGAGGUGAGGCCUGGGUUCAGGGGCCAAGGGCCUCCCCCAGGGCUGCACCCUUUCACCAGCGGGAUCCUGCCACCUGUUGGGACCCUCCUGCCUCCCCACAGGUUUUCCUGGGAGAAUCCCACCUGGAGGCUGCAGCCACCUGCUUAGAGUUCCAAAUUCCUGGAGGAGAGAGGUCCAAGGAGGAGCCUCUGCUGCUUGGAGACUCAGGAGCUAGUGCGGCAUCCGCUGUUCUCUGACCUUUUCCACCCAACACAGCCCAUCUCAUAUGCCUGGGAAUGGUGAUGAUAACAUUUGAAGACCUGGCUGUGUACUUUACCUGGGAGGAAUGGCAGAACAUGAACCAAGCUCAGAAAAUCCUGUACAGGGAUGUGAUGCUGGAGACCUACAGCAGCCUGUUCUCCUUGGGGCAUUGCAUGACCAAACCUGACUUGAUCUUGAAGUUGGAGCAAGGAGCAGAGCCCUGGAUGGGGAAAGAAUGCUUACAUCAUAGCCUUCCAGUUGCCAUGAAAAGGGGUGACCUGAUUAGGAAAAAACAGAAAAGUCAGGACAAAAAUCUGAAUCAGAAUGUUAUGAAAAACAAUAAGACAUCAACUCCCAAGAUAAUUGAAUUAAGAAAAACACUUCAUUUAAGUUCAAACCAUAUUCCAAAACUGAGUAUCAAAAAGAGAAUCUAUUCAGGAAUGAAACCUGAAGAACGCAAUGUAUGUCACAAUGUGUAUCCGCACUGUGGGCCUGUUCAACUACAAACUGGAGAAAAAUUUGAUGCUACUAAUGUGCCUGGGAAUGCUCUCCAGAUCUGUGAGGCUCUUAAUCAACAGCACAAAAAUCAGACUGUGCAACAGGCAUUUGAACCAAUCGGAAAAGGGAAAGUCUUCAAAAGGAAAAAUAUAUUUUGUAAAUCUGAGAGGCAUUUUAUGGUAGAAAGUAAGAAAUCAACUGCCACCAUUGGCAAGACAACUCAAAUAGAACAAGAUUUCCUUAAAAAUUCUAACCUCAGUAUGCAUCAACAAAGUCCCAGAAGAGAGAAAGUUUAUGAAUAUAGUAGUUCUUUGGAACCUGUCAUUGAUCAAUCACCUCUUAAAAUAAAUCAUAGACCACAUAUAGGGAAGAAACCCUAUGCAUGUAAGCCUUGUGGAAAAUCAUUCAGUUAUAAAUUCUGCCAUGCAAUUCAUUACGGUACUCACAUAGUGGAAAACUCUCAUGUGUUUAAUCAACAUGGAGAAGCCACUUACCAGAAGUCACAACUCAUAAAUCAUCAGAGAAUUCACUCAGGUGAGAAACCUUAUGAAUGUAAUGACUGUGGAAAAUCCUUUGGCCAGAAGUCACACCUCAUAAAGCAUCAGAUAAUUAACACAGGGAAUAAACUUUAUGAAUGUAAUAACUGUGGAAAAGCUUUUGGCCUUGAGUCACACCUCAUAAAUCACCAGAGAAUUCACACGAGAGAGAAACCUUAUGAAUGCAGUGACUGUGGAAAAGCCUUUCACUAUAAAUCAAUCCUCACAAAGCAUCAGAAAAUUCACACAGGGGAUAAGCCUUAUGAAUGUAAUGACUGUGGAAAAGCCUUUGGCCGGAAGUUCCAUUUCAUAAAUCAUCAGAGAAUUCACACAGGGGAGAAACCUUAUGAAUGUAAUGACUGUGGAAAAGCCUUUGGGAAAAAGUCACACCUCAUAAAUCACCAAAGAAUCAAGAAACCUUAUGAAUGCAAUGAGUGUGGAAAAGCCUUUGGCCAGAAGUCACACCUCAUAACACAUCAGAAAAUUCACACAGGGGUGAAACCUUAUGAAUGCAGUGACUGUGGAAAAGCCUUUCGCUGUAAAUCAGCCCUCACAAAGCAUCAGAGAAUUCACACAGGGGAUAAGCCUUAUGAAUGUAAUGACUGUGGAAAAGCCUUUAUGUGGAAGUCUUGUCUCAUCCUACAUCAGAGAAUUCACAUAGGGGAAAAACCUUAUGAAUGCAAUGACUGUGGUAAAGCCUGUAGCCAGAAGUCAAACCUCAUAACUCAUCAGAAAAUUCACACAGGAGAGAAACCUUAUGAAUGCAAUGAGUGUGGCAAAGCUUUUGGCCAGAAGUCACACCUCAUAACUCAUCAGAAAAUUCACACAGGGGUGAAACCUUAUGAAUGCAGUGACUGUGGAAAAGCCUUUAUGUGGAAGUCAUGUCUCAUCCUACAUCAGAGAAUUCACACGGGGGAAAAACCUUAUGAAUGCAGUGACUGUGAUAAAGCCUUUGGCCAGAAGUCACAUUUCAUAAAUCAUCAGAGAAUUCACACAGGGGAGAAACCUUAUGAAUGCAAUGAGUGUGGGAAAGCCUUUGGCCAGAAGCCACACCUCUUAAGGCAUCAGAAAAUUCACACAGGGGAGAAACCUUAUGAAUGCAGUGACUGUGGAAAAGCCUUUGGCCGGAAGUCCCAUUUCAUAAAUCAUCAGAGAAUUCACACACGGGAUAAGCCUUAUGAAUGUAAUGACUGUGGAAAAUCCUUUAUGUGGAAGUCACAUCUCAUCCUACAUCAGAGAAUUCACAUGGGGGAAAAACCUUAUGAAUGCAAUGACUGUGGUAAAGCCUUUGGCCGGAAGUCACAGCUCAUAACUCAUCAGAAAAUUCACACAGGAGAGAAACCUUAUGAAUGCCAUGAGUGUGGGAAAGCCUUUGGCAAGAAGGCAUACCUCAUAAAUCAUCAGAGAAUUCACACAGGGGAGAAACCUUAUGAAUGUAAUGACUGUGGAAAAGCCUUUGGGAAGAAGUCACACCUCAUAAAUCACGAAAGAAUUCACACAGGAGAGAAACCUUAUGAAUGUAAUGACUGUGGAAAAGCCUUUCGCUGUAAAUCAGCCCUCACAAAGCAUUAGAGAAUUCACACAGGGAAGAAACCUUAUGAAUGUAAUGACUGUGGAAAAGUUGGCCGGAAGUCCCAUUUCAUAAAUCAUCAGAGAAUUCACACAGGGGAAAAGCCUUAUGAAUGUAAUGACUGUGGGAAAGCCUUUAUGUGGAAGUCACAUCUCAUCCUACAUCAGAGAAUUCACACGGGGGAAAAACCUUAUGAAUGCAAUGACUGUAGAAAAGCCUUUCUUAAGAAGUCAUCUCUCAUCCUACAUCAGAGAAGUAAUACAGAGGAGAAACCCUAUGAAUACAAUGACAGUGGGAAACCAUUUGGUCACAAAUCAAGCCUCAUAAGUCAUCAGAGAAUUCACACAGCGUAGAAAGAUUAUGAAUGUAAUGACUGGAAAAGCCUUUCUGAGUAAGUCAGCUCUAGCACCCACAUCAGAGAAUUCGCACAGGGGAAAAACCUGAUGAAUGUAAAGACUGGAAAGUCUUUACCCAUAAGUCAAACCUCAAAAGGCAUCAGAGAAGUCACACAGGGGAUAAACCUUCUGAAUGCAAUGACUUGGAAAAGCCUUUGGCCAAAAGUCAAGCCUUGUAAAUAAUUAGAGAAGCCAUACAGGAGAAACCUUAUGAAUGUAAUGACUGUGGAAAAGUUUUCUUUGCAAAUUUCUAUGCAGUUCAGAGCUCAAUGAAUAUCAAAGAAGUCACAGGAGAGAAACUUCAUGAUGGCAAUGACUGCAGAAGCCUCUGUUCAUAUGAUAAACAUCACAAAGCAUCAGAGAAUUCACAUGGGGAGAAAUGUCAUGAAUAAUGAUAGUAGAAAGUCUUUUGUUAUAAUUUUAAACUAAUAAAACAUCACAGAAUUAACAGGGAAUUUUCCACACAAUUGCCUUUUUGUGCAAGUUCCUUUUCAUUAAAUAACAGAAUCCAUUAAGAGGAGAACAAUAAGAUUAUAAUCAGUGUGGAUAUGCCUUUGGUGCCAAUUAUACCUCAUCAAGCAUAACAGAAUUCACAUGGGGAAAAUCUUAUGAAUGUAAUGACUCAAAGUCUUUUACCAUAACUUAGCCCACAUUACACAUCAUCAAAUUCAUACAGGGAAAAAAACCUUUGAAAGUAAUCUUGUGGAAAAGCCUUUACUUAGAAGUCGUACCCCACAAGACAUCAGAGAAUUCACAUGGGGGAGAAUUCUUAUGAAUGUAAUGAGAGUUGGAAAGGUCUGCCAAAAUCUCAGCUUACAACAUCAGAAUUCACAAAGUGGAGAUCUUAUGAAUGAAAUAAAUGUGGGAAAGCUUUUUGUCAUAGGUCAUACCUCAUAAUCCAUCAUCUAAUUUGAACGGGGAGAGACUUUGAGAAUAUAAUAAGGGAUUGGCUCUGUGGCUCAUUUGGUUAAUCACCCCCUUGUGGUACCGGCAUUUCAUAUGGGCACCGGGUUCUAGUACUGGUCACUCCUUCCAGUCCAGGUCUCUGCUGUGGCCCAGGAAGGCAGUGAAGGAUGGCUCAAGUCCUUGGGCCCCUGCACCAGCAUGGGAAACCAGGAGGAAGCACCUGGAUCCUGGCUUUGGAUCGGCAUAAUUCCAGCUGCAGCAGCCACUUGGGGGAGAACCAAUGAGCGAUGUAUUUGUAAAGCAAAAGCUGCAUUCUCACCUGCAAACAUAAAAUGAAGCAUGAAAGGAAUCUUUUCUGUAAUGGAAACAAGUCUGGGAGACAUCUGCUGGAAAGGAAUGAAAAGCACAAGUGAGUUCCAUCUCUUACAGAAUCCAGUGGGUUUUACCACUUGAAAUGCUCAGUUUUCAUGAACUUACAAUGUCAGCAGCAAACAAAUGAGAACAUCAGCCACAACACCCAUUUUAUACUAUAUCAAUUUGUGCGGGAUGGAAAUUUCAAAGUGUAUUUUUGUCAAAACAAAGUUGCUACAAAAAUUGUUCUUAAACAUCUAAAAAGGAAACCAUCUAAAAUCUUGAAUUGUGUGUUUAAAAUAAAUAUUUGGGUGAAUUUUUACAAUCUGCAUUUCAGUUACUCUGGGUAAGUAUAAUAAAUCCCUGUAAUUCCAUAGCACAUGGUUUCAGAUCAACACAAAACCAGAAAAUUAAACAGCCAUGUACACAUCAGUAAAUCCAUUCAAGAAAAUGGCCAGGCAUGGAGCAGGGAGACACCAGGACCCUGUCUUGCAACACAGACUUUGGCACAUAGGAAAAUCUAUAGGCAGGGUCUGGCAAGAUGAGGCAUCCCCCAGCUGCAGGGACCUGCUGGGAGGCCCAGAUACCAUGGCAGACCUGAGAGUUGUUGGAUCUAAUCUCAGAGCCUGGACCACACUGCUGACCUUGGUGCCUCAGCUCCAGCCUCUGAGGUGGCUGGCCCACAAGGUGGCUGACAGUCCAGGGCAUGUCCUGUGUUCCCCAGGCCAACCCACCUCCCAAAGCCAAUGCACCACUGAAGCCCAACCCUGCACUGGGCUUCACUUUGAUGUGGCCAAGAGGAGAGGGCCUCUGUGCACCCAGUACCACCCAGAAUAUGAAAAUCUCAGAGCCACUUUGCAGAUCCACCUCUAAUCAUGGCUUUGCUGCCAAGAUCCACAGGCAGUGGCCAGAAACCACAAACCUGACCAGAGGCACAAAUGCCCUCUGACUCAAGCCCUGGAGCUGGGUAGAGGGCAAGGAGAGGAACCUCUGAGUGCUGCUGACCACGCUGCCCAAGCUGCCCAUGCUACAGUGGAACUGGGCAGGCAGCCCCUGGGUGCCGUGACUACAUGAGAGGCGGGGAAGAAGCAGUGGUGCUGCAUCCUGCUGGUUAUGAGCUGGACACAGCCACGGGGCAGCUGAAGGAGCCACUGGUCAGAGAGCUCUGCAAUACCUGGUGAGAGUUCCAGAACCAGAGCUCCUGGCCCCUCUUCCAGGCUGAUAAUGGUGGUGAGUGCACCAGGCUCUGGAGGCUGAGGGCUGCCAGUCUGAGUGUGGCAAUGCCAGCAGCAGGGCUUUUGAGUGUCCUUCCCUCCAUCAGCCAAGGACUCAAGGAGAAAGCAUUCACACUCAUGCGUGUUGUCCUAUUUUCCU